GUCCUUUUUUACAGCAUUAAGGAAGGGGACAACAUCGCUGUGAAGUCCAUAAGGCCCAUUUAAACACCACCAAAAAGGGAACUAAAUACCGAAAAUGCCCGCAAAUAAAGAUGGUGACGGUGGCUGGAAGUCCUUUAUCUGGAAUUCUGACAAGAAGGAGUUUUUAGGACGCACAGGCUGUAGUUGGCUAAAAAUCUUCAUCUUCUACGUAAUCUUCUACGGCUGCUUGGCUGGAAUUUUCAUUGGCACCAUCCAGGCCAUGCUCCUGACUCUCAGCAACUACAAGCCCACAUACCAGGACAGGGUUGCACCCCCAGGAUUAUCACACUCCCCACGCCCGGACAAAGCCGAGAUCAGCUACAAUAUCAACGACGAAUCAACUUACAUGCCAUAUGUCAAUCAUAUUGAUGCGUUUCUUAAGGCAUAUAAUCAAGAUAUCCAGGAGGAUAACACCAAAUUUGAAGAUUGUGGAGAUAAACCCGAAUUUUAUACGGACCGUGGAGAACUGGAGAGCGACAAUGGCGUGAGGAAGGCCUGCCGCUUCAGACGAGAAUGGCUGGGCGAGUGCUCAGGCCAAAAAGACGAAAAGCAAAAAAAUUACGGCUUUGACGAUGGCCAGCCCUGCCUCAUUGUUAAACUCAAUAGGAUCGUGAAUUUCAUGCCACGGCCACCAGCAUCCAACGACAGUAUCCCAGAGGCAGUUCGCCCAAAACUUCAGGGCAAUGUGAUUCCAAUCCACUGCUCAAGCAAGAGAGAAGAGGAAGCAAACUUGCUCGGGCAGAUUAAAUACUUUGGAGUGGGGAAUGGUUUCCCCCUCCAGUAUUAUCCGUACUACGGGAAACUGCUUCAGCCGCAGUACCUCCAGCCUCUGGUGGCCAUCAAGUUCUACAACAUCACUACAGACGUGGACGUACGCGUGGAAUGCAAAGUAUACGGAGAAAACAUCGAUUACAGCGAGAAGGACCGUUCUCAGGGACGUUUUGACAUCAAGUUCACCAUCAAAACCAAGUCAUGACCUUAGCUGUGAAAAUAGCUCUUUUAUUCUGCCCAUUUCAAAACACAAUAAUUUAGACGAAUAAACGGAGACGAGUGCAAAUUCAAUUGGAGAAGAAAAAAGAAAAAAACACAGUCGUGAACAAACUUUCGUAACAUACGGGACCUACACUUAAUCUGUACGCUUUACACUAGCUUUCUCUGCAUGUCUAGGGUUAGGAUGUAAAUUACAGGAAGAGUAGCAAUAGCAAAGUAUUUAUUCUACUGUAAAUGAGAAUAUUCCGUGAGCCAUGGGACGUUCAUUUAUUACUGUAAAUUAUAAUUCCACUACUGAUGUAGCGAGCAGUGUUCCUUCCCCUGAGUAUUUCUGCCUCGUGUGGUCUCUUUAUAUUUUAUGGAGUGUGCAGUGCAGUAGUCGCAUACAGUGGUCCUUUCCAAGCCAUGUUGUAAUUUCUGUUGUCUUAUGUGAGAAAGCCUUAGCGGUCCAAGGUGUGUGUGUGAGAGAGAGAGAGAGAGUGUGUGUGAAUGCGCAUAAUCGUCUACUUAAAAACUGAAAAUACUGGCAUGGUACGCUCUGAACUCCCCAGGUCUCUGUGUGUGUGUGUGUGUGUGUGUUUGUAAGUGACUGCACUCCGUUCAAACGAUCAUUUCCUUUGCUUUUCUUCUUCUCUUUUUCAUUGAUUGUGGGGAAUGUUUUUACAUCAAAUUUUGACUUUUUAUUCGAUCGUCUUUCAAUUUGGGAAAUUGGGGCUAAUGUCAAUUCUGUGUAAGGCUUAUCUUUUCCUUUACUAUUAAGUGUAGAGCUGUGUGUCUCGCCUGGAGGACUGAAGUGGCCAGUGUUCAGCUUGGCAACUCAGUGCUUUUUUAUUUGGUUUUUGUUUUAUUUUUUUUUGUUCUGGAUGCAUCACGUGACGUGGUGUUACUUUCUAAUGAAUGUUUUAGCCAUUUUCAUGGUGGAAGAAUUUUAUAUUUAUGCAGUUGUACAAUUUUUUUCAGCAGGAGAGUGUAAUGUAUGAAUCCAAAAAACCAAAGUCACUGGUCAAAGGUUUUUAAAAAAGAAACCUGUCAAAUGCAAAGCAGUACCCCGUGUAAUAGGAUGUUUUGUUAGUGUUUAAUGUUCAUCGUUGGACGUCAGAACACUUGUCAGGAGUUGCAUUUGCUCUUGUAAUGUUAUUUAAAUCUGGGUAAGACCUAAGAAGAAAUAAAUGGACAGACAACUGA